AGCAGAGCCGCUGGAGAGCUCACUCGUCGUCCGCAGGCUCCAGCCAAAACAAGAGGAAGAGAAAGCAGACGUGACCUGACGUUUUAUUUUUUCAUUUUUUUUAUUUAUUCAUUUCCCCGUCGUGUCCGUGGCCCACGCAAGAUGUGACUUGUUGACACCGCCUCACGCAUAUUCAUGUAUUUGAAAAGAGCCGGGAGUGAGUGCGCAGAGACGAGAAGCCGAGCUGCUCUGGCGAAUGGAACUUAUUGUUGUGCGUUUGUUUUGACUAUGUUAACCCCGAGUGAGUUUGGCUUCGGUCCGUCUCCGCUCGUCGUCGUCGUCGUCGUCGGCCCUUGAUCUUUUCCGGGGGGAUAUUUAAACACACCCGAGCGGCUGAAGCAGGGAAACAGCGACGGGAGGAAUCGUGCAGAGAAGCCCAGCGAGCUUUUCCGCCACAGAGCCGGGGAUUUAAAUCGUCACUUGGUGGCUGCUCCGGGAGAGGAGGCGAGAGGCAAAGAAAAGACAUUCAUGUGGCCAUUCUCUCUAUAGCCAAACAUUUUUAUUUUUGGGAUUUCAUAAUGAGCAAGGAAAGACCUAAGAGGAAUAUCAUUCAAAAGAAAUAUGAUGAUAGUGAUGGGAUCCCAUGGUCGGAGGAGCGGGUGAUGCGGAAGGUGCUGUACCUCUCUCUAAAGGAGUUUAGGACCGCACAGAAAAGGCAGCUGGACGGAGAUGGAACCACAGAUUCCAGUGGCUCCUUAGCCAAUGGGCAGCUGAAUGGCUCGGGAUCAAAGGGCAUUCACAAAGAAGAUAGCUCCGUGCGCUCUCAGGGCCUGGAUGGGAGCAGCGAGUACUGCGAGGACGGUCCCGCGAAGAAGAGACCGCGGCUCCAGGCCCAGAGGAAGUUCGCCCAGUCGCAGCCCAACUCGCCCAGCACGACGCCCGUCAAAGUGGCCGAGCCGGUCAGCCUGAACACCGCCGUCGCGACGGUGCCCUCCGCGUCCCUGUCACUGCUCGCGUCCUCAUCCCUGUCCUCUUCAAUUCAGGACCUGUCCAAGCGCAAGCCUAAGACGGAGGACUUCCUCACCUUCCUCUGCCUCAGAGGUAAGAGUGGAGAAGAUGGAGGUUCAGCAGCACUGCCCAGCAGCAUGGCCUACUUCGGCAGCUCCCAGGAGGAGGAGGACCUGGAGGAGGACGAGGUGGAGGAAGAGGAGGUGAGGAACGGCGGUGGAAUCCACUCUCACGGGGUGGGAGGCAGCAGCCAGGCCUCGGCCUCCUCCUCGUGCCACUCGACACCCCGCAAGGGCAAGCUCCCCACGAGGCAGCCACUCAAUGGGCACGUGUUCAACAACCACAGCAAAGCAGGGAUCAGGGAGAGUCCGAGGCCCAAGGCUGGCUUUCACGGCAGGGAUGCACCUGCCCCACCACUGCCACCUCCUCCACCUCCACCUCCGCCACUCCUGAGGGAGCGCAGUGAGCGGGCAGAAGCGCGGGAACACGCCAGGGAGCUGCUGGCCAUGGCCAGCAGCCGAGGCUCAGCCAACGGGCUGCCACCAAGGAGAGCUGCUGAGGAGCUGCGGAAGCAGGUCUCUAAAGUGAACGGGCUGACGCGGGCAAGCUCAGCACAAGGCGUCGGUGGUGCCAAAAAGAGCCGCGACUUCCGGCUGCCGUCCAAAACUGUGAAGAAGUACACAGCCACCGUGUCCAAGGGCCACGUCACUUACACCAAAGCCAAACAGAGAGAACUGGGCAAGAAAACCAAACUCAGCAACAGCAACAAACACAACAGCGCCGCCUCGGCACCAUCGUCAGCGAACAAUCACAAUCAGCACAGCCAGUCAGCAGCCAGCAACGGGCUGGCCAACUCAGGAAAAGCAGUGGCACCAGCCCACCACAGCAAUGCAAAAACUCGCAAACAGGUGCUACUAUCCAAUGGGCUGCACAAUGUGUCUGCCGGUGCCCGCCUCAAUGGGAGGCUAAACGGGCAGCGGCACAACACCCUGGCUAAGGAGGUCAGUCAGAGACAGUGCCAGGGGGAGUGUCCCGGUCGAGAGGGGCUGCGUAACUCCAAGCGGCGUCUGGAGGUUGUGCUCAACGCAGUGGGGACAGGUAUUGUUGAGCAGAAAGCCAAAACUACUGGCACUGAGGCCAAGAAGGCCAAAGUUCAACUGACUCCUCUGGAGACGCGCAGCAGUAGUAAGAAGGUGGCCAAUCAAGAGAGAGCUGCCAUGCAGACCGCCGCUCCUACCACUCCAGUUUCUAAUGGACAUACAGCAGAAACACCCCCAUCUCCAACUGUUACCCCGCCUCCAACUCCCCCUCCCCAACAAACUCCACCUCUUUCUACACCAGCAGCCAAUACGGAGCCGGUGAACCAGCGACCCAAGCGGGCAUCAGCCGGCAAGCUGAUGUUGAUACGACAAGCACAGCAGCAGCAGAGCAGGUCCCAUGGUCGGAGCUCAUCCUCCUCCUCUCCCUCAGCAAGCCAGAAUCACUUACAGAACCCAAGUCGUGCCAGCACUACCUCAGACCCCCUGCAAACCUCCUCCUCCUCCACCACCACCUCUGUGCUUACGUCCACCAACAGCCCCGGACAGCUUAAACCAGCGGCACUGCGGCCCGCUGAGCGGGAGUGGGAGCGCGAGAAAGAGAUGACACGGCAGAAAGAACGCGAGCAGGACAAAGAAUGGGAGCGCCAGAGGAGUCGGCCAGAGGGCUGGGCAGCUCUCGGCGAAGUGCCCGUCUUCCGGCCAGCACCGCGGGAGUUCCAGGAUCCUCUGGUGUACUUGGAUGCAGUGAGGGAACAGGCUGAAGGAGCCGGCAUGUGCCGCGUGGUGCCGCCUCCGGACUGGCGGCCCGAGUGCAAGCUGAGCGAGGAGAUGCGUUUUGUCACACAGGUGCAGAGGGUGCACAUGCUGGGCCGGCGCUGGGGCCCCAACGUGCAGCGGCUGGCCUGUAUCCGGAAGCACCUUAAAUCUCAGGGCAUUACCAUGGAUGAGUCACCGGUCAUUGGUGGCUGUGAAGUGGACCUGUCACGUUUUUUCCAGCUCAUCAAUGACAUGGGCGGCAUGCAGCAGGUGAUGGACCUGAAGAAGUGGACCAAGCUGGCCGACCUUCUGCGCAUCCCUAAGUCCGCACAGGACCGGCUGGCCAAGCUGCAGGAAGCUUACCUCCAGUACAUCCUCUCUUAUGACUCGCUCGUUACUGAGGAGCGCCUGCGACUGCAGGCCGAGGUGCUGCAGGAGAAAAAGAACCUGGAGUCUCGUCGGGGACCUCUGGAGGGGCUUUCAGACACUUCAGCGCCAAGUGCUCUGGUCCUGCCACGCUAUGAGCCCAAGAACGGUCUGGUAGGUGGGAUUGUGGGAGGAACAACAGGACACCAGCGCACCAAUGGAGUGUAUCACCAUCUGAAGGACCUGGAGGCUCAGGUCAAAGCAGGCCGGCGCCGGCUCUUCGCUCAGGAAAAACAAGGCAAAGAGGACAGGCAGCAUGGAGAGGAGGAGGAGGAGCAGCAGCAGCAUCAGCAGCAGCAGCAGCAGGUGGAGGAGGACAGGAGCAUUGUCAUUGACCAGCACAAAUGUAUUUACAAGGGGAAAUCGGUGUCUUUGACUAAUUUCUUCAGGAUAGCCCGGAACACCAUGACCAUGUGCUUUAACAAGGAACCGGGGGCUGCUGAGGUCGAGCAAGAGUACUGGAGGACUGUGGAGCAGAGAGACAGCCACGUGGCAGUGCAUUGUGGGAAGGUGGACACCAGUACACAUGGCAGUGGUUUCCCCACAGGAAAAUCAGAGCCAUUCUCAAAACAUGGUUGGAACCUCACUGUCCUCCCCAAUAAUCCUGGAUCCAUUCUGAGGCAUCUGGGUGCUGUGCCUGGGGUGACUAUUCCCUGGCUAAACAUUGGCAUGGUCUAUUCUACCUCAUGCUGGUCUCGAGACCAAAACCGCCUUCCAUAUAUUGAUUAUUUACACACUGGUGCUGAUUGCAUUUGGUAUUCUGUCCCUGCUGAGGAGAAGGCUAAGCUGGACAAGGUGGUCCAUACACUGCUUCAGGCCAAUGGCACCCCAGGACUAGAAAUGUUGGAAAAGAACAUUAUGAUCUCUCCAGAGGUGCUGUGCCGUGAAGGUAUCAAGGUUUACCGCACGGUCCAGCGAAGCGGGCAGUUUGUGGUCUGCUUCCCAGGUGCCUUUGUCUCUAAAGUGUGCUGUGGCUACAGCGUGUCAGAGACUGUGCACUUUGCCACGCCGCACUGGAUGAACCUGGGUUACCAGGCUGCAAAGGACCUUAAAUGUCGUCGCAUCGCCAAACCCUUCUCCAUGGAGAAGCUACUGUACCAGAUUGCCGCAGCUGAGUCGAAGAGGGACAACGGCCUUCUCCUCGCCACCAUCUCCGCCCUACUCAAAGAUCUCAGGAACAUAGAGUUGCACCAACGGCAGGAACUUUACAAGGCAGGUCUGCUCUCCUCUGCUCGCUAUGGCACGCAUGACAGCAGCCUCGCACCUGGUGAAGGACGCAAGAAGCCCCGCGGGAAAUGGCUCGCACUGGAAUCUUCAGAGAGACGCUGCCAGAUCUGCCAGCAUCUCUGCUACUUGUCCAUGGUGGUUCAGGAGACCGACAACGUGGUCUUCUGUCUAGAGUGUGCACUGCGCUAUGUGGAGAAGCACAAGUCCUGCAGAGGCCUUAAGAUGAUGUACCGAUAUGACGAGGAGCAAAUUAACAGUUUGGUGAGCCAGGUGUGUGGUCGGGCCAUGUUAAAAAACAGCACUAGCGGUGGUGGGGGAGUCGUCGUCAGUGGAGGAGGGGGGGAACCCUGUCUUGGCUUGAGCCCCAUUAAAGCGUUGCCGGCUAAGCGCGGCCCACGGAAGCGCACCACUGUGGAGGUCUCCCUGUCCCGCCUGUCCUCCAGCCACAUGCCCAAAGCCGCGGCUGUGUCCUGAGGACGGGCGCCCGGGUGUGCUGUGCCCUGCGUCCAGCUCCAACCACCUCCCGACCCCGCCCCUUCCCCCUCCACACACACACACACCUCACUCAACUCUCUUUUUUUUUUCUUUUCCACAUAAAGCAGGAUCACUGUCAAUCCUUCCUCCACCGCCUGAUAUUUAAGAUGGCUUGUUUUUGAGCUUUGAAAAUCCUCAGUCCCUCCAUCCCAAAAGAAAUCACCUCCCCCCUUAGUACGACAAGCUUGUUGAUAUGAAAAAGGAAAAAAAAAAAGGAUAACAAGUUGUCUUUUUUGCACUAGUGUGAAAGAAUAAUUUGUUUUUAUUCUGUAUGACUUUUAGAGCCCCCGGCCUCCACCUCACCCACCUCACCCACCUCACCCUCCUCACAUUAUGAGCAUUAAGUUCAGAACAGUCACAACAAAGACUUGAUGGGUCUUUUCCCACCUUUUUAUCUUCACCCUCCCUUUAAUGCAUCACUCUUUCCUCCCCCUUUAUGACACUGAACCCUCACCCCCUUCCUCAUCGUGCAUCACCCAACUGUGAACAUGGGACGAACAAAAUGUAAAGGUGGCCUUUUUU